AUGAUGGCGAAGUCAUCAGCGAUCCAAGAAACUGUUUACCUGGUGGAGCAGUAUGAAAAUCAACCUACUUACGAGAUCAAGGGGGUUGACAAAGCGGUGGAUCUGGUGGCCGGCCGUGAUACCGAGCCUCUGGAUCCUGCUGAGGCGAAGAGAAUCCGGAACAAGAUUGAUCGAGUUGUUCUGCCAUUGCUCUUCUCGGUGUAUAUUCUGCAGUUCCUGGACAAAUCGACCAUAGGCGCUUCCUCCGUCUUGGGACUUAUCAGCGACAACAAGCUCACGGCUGACGAGUUCAACACACUCGGAUCUGCAUUCUACAUAGGAAUAUCCCUGAUUAUUGGUGUGCUGUUCUGGUGGCUGUUCCCGGACAGCCCCAUGAAAGCGCGAUUUCUCACUACUGAUGAGAAGAUCAAGGUGAUACAGCGCAUCCGGUCAAACCAGAGUGGAAUCGAGACGAAGGUUUGGAAGCGCGAACAAUUCGUCGAGGCAGUAAGAGACCCCAAGACGUGGCUCUUUUUCUUUCUUGCUGCGAUCUCGUAA